AUGGAGGAGCAAAUAUACUGCGAGAAGUGUGGAUUCCCCCCAGAGUACUGCGAAUACUCUCCCGCCUGCAACGGAGAAAAGAAGGAAGCCCCUGCGAAGGGAGAGACUAAAGUCAUUGUGAGCACGAAAAGAGUCUCAGGAAACAAGAAGGUGACUCUCGUUAGGAAUCUUCACGUAUUCAUGACUCCUGCGAGGGUGAAGGAAUUUUCCAAGAAGUGCUCUAAGACGAUCGCAUGCGGGUCCAGCCUCAUAAAGAACGGGAGUGGGACGGAGGAUGUCUCCGUGCAAACAGCCGAGGACUUCCGGGUGGUGGAAAUACUCGAGAAAUCAGGCAUUUCCCCCGAGAGAAUAGAGAGGAUUCUUAAAUAA